AUGGCAUCUUUGGCACAGCAAGAUUCAGCAAACCGCCCAGAGCGACGCAAAUUGGCUCAUUUCUCUGUUUACCAGGCAGAAGGACAACCACUUAGUGAAGAAGCGAUUUAUCGCUCAAAAUUGAAAAAUGGUGGCCACACAGUUCCCAGCUCCAAUUCAUACUCUGGAGUAGAUGCCGGUGCCCCGGACACAGCUGCACUUCUUGCAGUUAACUCGGACUUGUCGGUGCAUCCGUACCAGCGGCAUCUUUCGGCAGAAGCCGCAAUUGCUGCUUUAAGUGCAAAUCACUUGUCAUCCACCCCUUCGUCCUCUCCAAGAGAGCCAGCAUUGAACGGCUCCAGCUACCGUGAUGCUGAGUCGGCGGCCAUACUCGUGAAAAAUCACGCUGCAACACCUCGUGUGACAAAUCGCAGUUCUUCGUCUUUGAGUCGCCAAAGCAGCAACUCGUUGUCUUCAGUUUACUUAUCGAGUGCCAAGAACGGCUCUCCAAAACCGGCAAGGUCCUUCAACAUAGACGCGAUCAACAGAGCAGCCAAUCAGCAGGCUGCAAGCCGUCUUGGUUCACGUUUGCAACCAGCAACGAAAAUCUCGUCAAACGGUUUGGGAAAGCGGCCUGCAGACGUCACUGAGCAAAAUUCGAGCAUGUCAAUCUCACGGAUAACGGCGAGAGCACGUGACAGUGCCCGUAGAGAGCUCGAGUCGCGUUUGAGCGAGAAGCAGGUGUUCAACGGCAUCCCUACACCAAGCGAUACGGCAAGCAAGUGGAGCAAGUUGGCAAGUCAAUGCGCCACAGCGUCAAAUGCAACUGGAAAGCUGCCAGACUAUGCCUCGGACGAAAGAAAGACCCUUGAGAAGAACACGUUGGUCAGUCUGAGCGUUUUGGCAGCUGCAACUUCGCGUGUUGAGGAAAAAAUGAAGCAAAUGGACCGGGACACCGUUUCAAGAAGCAUUUUCUCGAAUCCCGAGCUGAACGAGAAAGCCAUGGCAGCAGCCAAGGAGUGGGCGGCAAAGUUUACAAAGAAUGCCGGCGGCUCGAAGGCCAUUUAUGCCAGUGGCAAGAACUACAACUCGGAUGAAGCGGAGAUUAAUCUUGGCGGAGGGUUAUUUAUGAAAGCAUCGGAAAUUACAGCUAUGGCCAACUCGUUGGUGAAACCGGCUCUUGAGGAAAUCGAGAAGAACUCUGACCACCAGAGAAAACUCGAUGCAAGGAACUUGGUUGUUUUGCGGAAGAUCAAGAAGAGAGAAGUCGAGCACAAAAACGAAAUUAGGCAGUCGAAGGAGCAAGAGAAGAAGGUGAGGGAGACGGAGGUGGAAAAGAGGAGAGAAGAGCUAGAAGGCAUGAAGGGAGAUAUCAAUGAAGACCAGGAGAAGUUGCUAGAGGAGCAAAAGAAGGCCUUAGAGGAGAAGAAUGCCGAGUUUGAUGCCCAGGUUGCUGAGGAGGAGAAGCAGAAGAAAGAGCUUGAUGAUGAGAGGGACGAGAAGUUGAAGGUUAUUGCCGAUGCGAAGGCCGAGAAGGAUGCUGAGCGUGAGAAAGAGGCAACUGACCUGCAAGAAGAAAAAAAGAAGGAUCUUGCACCUAUCCUGGCCGAUCUAGAGAAGGAGACCAAGAUUCUAGACGAGCUUACCAAGAACAGGGAGGAAAAAGAGGCAUUUUUCAACGAGCAGAAGGCCCGGGAUGAUAAAGCGACCGAAGAAUUGGCUUCUGCCGAUCACAAACUUGCAAAAUUGACCGAGCAGCUUGAAAGAAUCGAGCGUGAGCAGAAGGAGGCUGCUUCGAAGGCUGUGGAGGAUGUUGCUGCUGCUGCAAGUGCAAAAGCAGCCUUUGAGAAAACCGCUGCCGAGAAAAACAGCAAGUUGGAGGAGUUAGGCAAAGAGAGAAGUGUGUUGGAAGGUAGAAUCUCGUCCUCAGAUAAGGAAAGAGUUGACCUGAUAUCAAAGUUAAACGAGCAGGGUGAGGAAAACCACACACAGGCUGUGCAGAUUAAUGAGAUACUACCUGAGCAUUUGCAGAAGGAGGUCCCUGCCUUUGAGAAGGUCAAGGACAACUUAGACAAGUCGAAGUUUGCUGUCAACGAUGACCCAAUCGAAGAGCCUUCUGAGGUUGAAUCUGAGCCUGAAGAUGUGCCUGAGAAGAUUUGGAGUGAGCAGGAUGAAAAGGCCGAAAAGGAAGCGGAAAAGGCCGAAAAGGAGAAACUUGCCAAGGCUGUUACUGAUGAAACGAUAAAGCAGAGUGUCCGUGAACAGAAAAAAGACGGUAUGUUUACGGGUUUCCUUAAGAGAAGCAAGAAGUUGGUGCUAUCUCCGCAGGCUACAAGUUCUAAAUCCGCCGAAAAAAAGCCAUCUCCAGUAGUUAAAAAGGAGGCUGCCAAAGAAACCAAGCACAAAAAAGGUGUUAAGGGUUUGAGUGGCAAGAGGUUGAUAAAAUUGUUUAAUGAGCCGGCGGCUUUUGUUGAAAAGAAGCAUUUUCCAAAGAAGAUUUCUGUUGAAAAGGCAGAGAAACCUGUUGAAAAAGCAGAAAAACCUGCUGAAAAAGCUUCUCCGACAAAAAAGCCUUCUUCUGCUUCCGUGAAACCCGAGUCAAAGACUAAAGAGGUCCAAAAAGAUUCCGAGCAUGCCACGCAAAGCCAGAAAGAUGAGCCUGAGGGUGAUAACUUCUCCGGCUUCUCGCAGGAUUUUGUUCAUGAAGAGAAGUAUCAUCGUUAG